GUGCGGUAACUUACUCUUGUGCGGAACACAGCUGCAAAUUUCUGUUAAUGAAGGGCUCUUAAAGCGAUCAGACAAUGUCAAGCACGAAGGGCUCAUCGCUGUGUCGUCUGGGUCUAACAGUGACGUUGGCUUGUAUCAUCUCUCUGAGCGUGAUGUUUUUCUGGUUUCAACCUCCAAAAAACUGUCCUCUUCCACUUCCACUUCCUAGACCUGUACAAAACAAGCCUCCCGAGAGCAAGAUCUCUCUUACUGAUGCAGUAGAAGACAAACCUGUUCUUCUUCUAUGGGUCUGGCCUGAAAAUUACAGGUUUGACUUCAGUGACUGCAAAAAGUUUUACAAUAUCGAUAACUGUCAGUUGACGGAUGAUAGAUCACUCUACAGCAAUGCAGAUGCUGUCCUCAUUUUUCACAAAGCCAUCAGUUGGGACCUGACCAACCUUCCUCCAUCUCCUCGUCCUCCGUUCCAGAGGUGGAUUUGGUUUCAUGUCGAAUCACCAACCAACACUCAUAGAAUACCAGGUCUGGAAAACCUGUUCAAUCUCACUCUCAGCUACAGACAUGAUGCUGAUAUUCCUGUACGGUUGAAAUUAAACACCAGGAAGAAACCAGAUGAGAAGUUUGUAAUUCCCAAAAAGGACAAACUGGUGUGUUGGAUUGUGAGUAACAAUGCUCCCUCAACAGGUGUUGGCACAAGGAACCAGUUUUACCAAGAAUUCAGCAAAUACAUCGAAGUGACCAUGUUCGGAAAGGCUUAUGCAAAGUUCUUGGAUUAUACCGAAUACUAUCCUACCCUAGCUAGCUGCAAGUUUUACCUUUCCUUUGAGAACUCCAUCCACAAGGACUACAUCACUGAGAAGAUAAACGGGCCGCUUGCUGCAGGAACCGUCCCUGUGGUUCUGGGUCCUCCCAGAAAAAACUAUGAAAACUUUGUUCCCGGCGAUGCCUUCAUUCAUGUGAAUGACUUCCCAGAUCCAAAGUCACUAGCAGAAUAUCUGCUUCAGCUGGACAAGGACGAUGAAGCAUAUCGCAGGUUCUUUAACUGGAGGAAAUAUCUCUUUCCAACUCCUCAUUUAAUACAACAAACCCAAGAGUUUAUUCUGCCUAUUUGCACCGCUUGUGACCAUAUAGCACGACACAGAGAAUAUAAACAAGCUCAUGAUCUCUAUGAAUGGUAUUUCAACUAAAGUCACCUCAAAUUUUGGAGUUUGUUAAAAAUAGUGAUUC